AACCUCUUUUGCUGAUAGGAGUUACUGUCUGCCUCAUCCAUGGUACAGUAAAAAUGCCGCGAGAGCAGGGACUCUGUCUGUCCGUAUGCCCAGGGCCCAGCAGUGACCACAGAGCCCAGCACGUGGUAAGCCCCCAGUAAAUAGCUGAAUGAAUGAAUAAUGGACAAGGGAAUGUAUGAAGACAAGAGAACCCCAAGGAGCUUCUGCCAAAGACCAAAGUAGGGGCUGGCGUUGGCUGAGGAACAGGUCCCCUGCCUGGUCAGCCAACAGCUCUCAGCUCUGAGGCCUCGGAAGAGGAGGGCAGAUGGAUACACGGGCUGAAGCUGUCUGGCAGUCCCCACCUAGGGCACGCUGCCCACCCCGUUACCUGGUCCAACUGCCCGGGAGGCUCUGCCCGUCUGCUCUGCUCUGCAGCCGCGCCUCCGACCUGUCCUGCAGGCUCAGGUUCCGACAUCUCCAGCCGAUUCCAUUCUCUGACCCUCAGACACCAUGACGGGCUUUCUGUGCUGGCCACUGGCUUUGUUGCUAUUCUUUCUCCAGCCCUGGGAAACCCAGCUCCAGUCUACAGGACCCAGGUGCCAUACCGGGCCCCUGGAUUUGGUUUUCGUGAUUGACAGCUCCCGCAGCGUGCGCCCCUUUGAGUUCGAGACGAUGCGGCAGUUCCUGGUGGGCCUCCUCCGCAGCCUGGACGUGGGGCGCAACGCCACGCGCGUUGGCGUGAUCCAGUAUUCGAGUCAAGUGCAGAGCGUCUUCCCGCUCAGAGCCUUCGCCCGCCGCGAGGACAUGGAGCGUGCCAUCCGCGACCUGGUCCCGCUAGCGCAGGGCACCAUGACCGGCCUGGCGAUCCAGUACGCCAUGAACGUGGCCUUCAGCGAGGCCGAGGGCGCGCGCCCGCCGGAGGAGCGCGUGCCCCGCGUCGCGGUCAUCGUCACGGACGGGCGGCCCCAAGACCGCGUGGCCGAGGUGGCCGCGCAAGCGCGCGCCCGCGGCAUUGAAAUUUACGCGGUCGGGGUGCAGCGGGCUGACGUGGGCUCCCUGCGCGCCAUGGCGUCACCCCCACUGGACGAGCACGUCUUCCUCGUGGAAUCCUUUGACCGUAUCCAGGACUUUGGCCUGCAGUUCCAGGGGCGACUCUGCGGGAAGGACCCGUGUGCGGAGUGGGGACAUGGCUGCCAGCACCAGUGUGUCAGUGCUCCGGGAACAUUCUACUGUGCCUGCAACUCUGGUUACACACUAGCAGCAGAUAAGAAGAGGUGUUUGGCCAUUGACCUAUGCGCUGGAGGGACCCAUGGCUGUGAGCACUACUGCAUCAAUUCCCCGGGCUCCUAUUUCUGUCGUUGCCGAGUUGGAUUUGUACUCCAGCAAGACCAGAGGAGCUGCAAGGUCUUUGACCAUUGUAGCUUUGGGAAUCACAGCUGUCAGCAUGAAUGUGUUAGCACCCUUGCAGGGCCCCAGUGCCACUGCUUGGCGGGCUAUGACCUGCUGCAGGAUGGGAAGAGUUGUCAGGUUAGGGACCUGUGCAAUGGUGUAGACCAUGGCUGUGAGUUCCAGUGUGUGAGCGAGGGCCUCUCCUACCGCUGCUUGUGCCCCGAGGGGCAGCAACUUCAGGCCGACGGCAAGACCUGCAAUGCAGGGUGCCGGGAAGGACACGUGGACCUCGUUCUGCUAGUGGACGGCUCCAAGAGUGUCCGCCCGCAGAACUUCGAGCUGGUGAAGCGCUUUGUAAAUCAGAUCGUGGACUUCCUGGAUGUGUCCCCCGAGGGCACGCGCAUCGGGCUGGUACAGUUCUCCAGCCGCGUGCGCACAGAGUUCCCCCUGGGCCGCUAUGGCACCGCGGCGGAGGUGAAGCAGGCAGUGCUGGCGGUGGAGUACAUGGAGCGCGGCACCAUGACGGGGCUGGCGCUGCGCCACAUGGUGGAGCACAGUUUCUCCGAGGCGCAGGGCGCACGGCCCCGUGUCCUCAAUGUGCCUCGAGUCGGCCUGGUUUUCACGGAUGGCCGUUCCCAGGAUGACAUCUCCGUGUGGGCGGCACGCGCUAAGGAGGAAGGGAUCGUCAUGUUCGCUGUGGGUGUGGGCAAGGCAGUGGAGGAGGAGCUGCGAGAGAUUGCCUCGGAGCCGGCUGAACUACACGUGUCCUACUCCCCGGACUUUAGCACCAUGACACACCUACUGGAGAACCUCAAAGGCAGCAUCUGUCCAGAGGAGGGCAUCGGCGCCGGGACAGAGCUUCGCAGCCCUUGCGAGUGUGAAAGCCUCGUCGAGUUCCAGGACCGCACGCUGGAGGCGCUGGAGAGCCUGACGCAGAACCUGGCCCAGGUGACCGCGCGCCUGGAGAACCUGGAGCACCAGCUGGCCAACCAGAAGUGAGGGCGCUCGUGGCCCGGACCCGGGCAGAGUCCCUGGGCUGGACUGUCGGGGAGGAGGCGCUGGCGGGCUCCCAGCGUGUGCUCGAGCUGGCCUUGCCUGGACCGGGAGCCGGACUUCAGGGACUAGGGGACGCGGGCGGCGUGCAGGGCCGGGCGACUGCUACACCCGCGCGCCCUCGCUGCGUGCUGCGCUCAGCUCUUUGUUGGAUUUCUUUUUGUUUUCUUUUUCUUAAAAAAACAAAACAAAACUGGU